AUGUCGAUUUUCUACAAACCCAGCGCAAGUGCUUUAUCAAAAACAGCCCGUAAUAUAAUUACUAGAAGUAAUUGUUUAAAAAAAGAAGUGAACACAAGAGUCGCGUUGUAUACAAGCUUAUCUUCUGGCUAUGAUCCAUUUGGUUCUCAAAAUGUUUCUUCAGAGACAACAUCGAGUCAAGAUAAUGACGUAAAUUCUUCAACAAACGAUCCUUUUAGUGUUCCUCAAGACGCUUUUUCUGGUAAUUCUUAUGAACCAACUAAACAAUAUCAAAACUACAAAAGAUCUAAAUUUAUAGAGCCAGAUUAUAUAGAUUUAACACAAGGUUCUUCAAACUAUAAGGAUUCCUUUAAGAAUUUUGAUCAUUUUCCAACAUCAGCUCGACCGCGACCAUCAUAUGAGUCGAACAAUUUUAUUCGUUCAAAAUCAUCUCAACCGCGUGAGGAAUUUACUAAAGAUAAAGUCAGAUCAUUUGACAAGCUAAAUACGUCAGAUAAUGCUAUGAUACCCGAUCAGAUGCCUAAACUGUUAGAAAAUCAGAAAAUUAUUGACGCGAUUGAUGAACAUGGUGAAAAUUGGGAAUAUAUUUCAAAAGAAGUAUAUAAUCAUGAAGUUAGUCCUGAUGAAUUAGAAAGGAUAUGGACUAAAUUUACGAAGUUUGUUAAAAAUUAUAAUAAACUUCCAUCAUCGCAAUCGUCAACAAGUUCUGUAUAUCCGUUUUGGACGACAAAAGAAUGUCAUAAACUUAUCGAUGCAGUGAAAGCUAAUGGUCAAGAUUGGCAAAAAAUUUCGGUUGAAUGUUUCGACUCUUUUCGAUCCUCUCGUUCAUUAGAAAAGAAAUGGGAAAGUAUGUGGUUUCCAAAUGAAAAAAAAAACGUGACAAGCAAAUGGAGUCAUGAAGAUGUUGAUAAGUUAAAGCAUGCAGUUAAUCAGCAUGGAGAAAAUUGGGAAUUGAUUUCUCGUGACGUUUUUAAUGGUUAUAAGAACAAAAAUGGGUUGUUAUGGAAAUGGAAUUUAAUCAAAAAUCAAUAUCAAGGUGACAAUACUCAGAAAGUAAGAACAUUAAAACCUCGACAAGAAAUAACGAAUAAGGAUCAAUUGGCUCGUGAAUUGGGUCGACAACUCAAUCUGCAUUGUUCGAAUCUUGUAGAAUUAUUCGGACAGCGAGCUAUAUCGAUCGAAACAUAUUUUAAUGGGCAAUCAGGAUUCCCUUGGACUGAAGAAGAAAACUCUACACUGUUUGGUGCCAUAAAAGAAUUUGGUACUAAAAAUUGGGAAAAAAUUUUAGAACUUUUGCCAGGAAGAUCAUUGGAAAAUAUUCAAGAGAGGUGUUCUAGCACCUUAUGGGAACCACAAGAAGUGGAAGCCUUUAAUAAAGCUUAUGAGCUACACGGUAGUGAUUGGAGUAAGAUUAGUGGGCUUGUUGGUACGAGAUCUCCUGGUCAAUGUUGGUCAUAUUGGAGAAUUACUACCGGUAAUGAUCUAUUGAAACCUCAUUCUGGAAAUCGUAAACCUGGAUUUUACCAUGCAAAUGUUUUCCUUCAAUUUUCAAACAAAGAAACUUCACAGAUGUCUUUUAUACGUAAUGAUAUUGAAGAAGAUUUCAUGCCUGAAUGA